AUGAAAGCUAGGGUUGUGCGCAGGAAAAUUUACAAUUAUAUACGCAACGAUUUGAAGGAAAUUGCUUUUCCUUCGUCUUUGCCCGACCCUCUUCACAUCAAAAAGCGCCCCAAAUUGACAUGGGAGCAACAUAUCUGGGUUUUGAAGAGAGAUACUAGGCUUUAUGCUACUAGCUGGGUUCGUGACAUUGGCCCUGAUCUUCGGCCAAAUGAUUACAAAAAGAAUGAAAUGAUUGAUGAACCAAAUAGAGAAAAGAAAACAACCGAAGGAAAAGAACCCUCAACAUUGGAGGAUCGUGUUGUAGCUGCCAGAGGGGGAAUGGAGACUCUCAAACCUGCUUUGCAGCGUGUGUACAUGGCCAGAGCUUCUGCAUACAGAGAUGCUCUUAAAAGUUUUAUAGAAGGGUACCAAGAGGGUCUUCAGUGGGAGGUAACGGAGAACAAGGGAGAUUCCAAAACUCAAGGAGGAGUUGAUGUACCCAAAAAAAAAUCAGCAGGUAGAGAGAUUGACGACGAUGUAAAUCAUAAAAUCAUAGCAGAGUGGAUGAAAUGA